AAACUCGCGGUGAUCCUGCCUCAGCCUCCUUAGCGCUGGGGUUGAUUACAAGUGUGCACCACCAGGCCCAGCUGCAGACUUCCAUUACUCAUGAUGCCUUGAGGUGCGGUACCUGCUCAGAUCUGGCAGGUCUUUGCUGUUGGGGCUUGUGUGAGUUGUAGUUCCUGUUUAUCUGGUACCCGGAAUUAUGCAGAAAAGGUGAACGGUGCUUUCUGGGACCCAAAAGUCUCAGUCUUCAGUAUCUUCCUCUGGGACUAUCAGUACCGAUCCCAGAUCUCUUUUUACUAGUCUCAGCAGUCAGCCAAGGAGGGCGAGAAGGUGGAGGAGCUAGUGAAUGUGCAGUGUCAUUACCGAACUACAUUUCCUAUAAAGCUAGCGGGGCUGGCGGCACUAAUUUGGUCUAGAGAGUGAGGCCCCAGGGCCUUCUGGGAGUCAUAGUCCUAAACUAGAAACAGCCACUUCUCUCGUCUUUGUGGCUGGGCGCCAGGGUUUCCAAACAGCCAGAGUGCAUACAGCUGGAAGCCUGGUCCCGGGACCGAGGGAAGGGAGGACGCUGGAGGCUAUAAACCGGACCUUUGCUCUGGAAGCACAGCAGGCGGACGGCUUCCCUUCCGCCGGCGCUGGGAAAGAUCGUGGAUUGGGGGGCCGCCUCUGUGACGUCACGGAGCCCCGGGCGAGACCUCCUUGAGUUUCGGUCCAAUCAGACUGAGAGUUGGGCUUCUGGGCGGAGCCAAGAGAAGCCUGAGGCCUGUCUCCCGGGUUGGGGGCCCCCACGUGGGAAACUCCAAAGGGGAAGCGGCAGGGGUUUCUGGUAGAGAGGGCAGAGCCCACGACUCCGAUCCAAGCCGACAAAUUAUUCUAUGCUGCCAACUUCUUAGUACCCCCCACCCCAUCCUUAAUCUUAGCGGCGGGAAAAUAGGAGCCCUCAGGAGCUGGACUGGGCUUCUGAUCUAACCCUAGGGUUUGAGGGCAUAAGUCAGAGAUCAAGGUCGGAGAGGGUGCCUCGCUGGUUAGGGUGCAGGGGCUCUGUUUGCUAAGAAUGGUGUGCCUUGCAAAUUUGGGGUCUUGCUCUUGGGGGAGGGUGGCUGGGAGAAUUGCUUAAGUUUUAGGGUCCCCAACUUUAAGAAUUUGGGGUAUAUUUUUGGUUUGAGGGAACUUUGAGUUUGAUAAUACCCAGGAUGGCCCUGCACUGCAUAGUUUAUUUGGUGUGGGCCCUGAUAUUUCAGUUGGAGGUACAACAGGUUUUGGGGGCCUUGGGAUAUCUGAGUGUUGAUGCACUUGAGGUUUGGGACUUGGGAUCACAUGGAUUUGGGGGAGUUGGGAAGGCCGUGGGUUGGAAUUUGGGGAGCCUGGGUGGGGAGUGGGAGUCCUGCUUUAAUUCUUUUCUGGUCUCUUAGUUGGGAUGCAAUGACCCUGAAUUUGGGACCCAUGGAUUGGGAUUAUAUUUCAUGCUGUGGAGACAUUUGAUGAAGGAGAUACCUUCUUUUUUGUCUUUUUGAGACAGGGUCUCGCUAUGCAGUUCAGGCUGGCCUUGAGCUCACUUUGUAGCCCAGGCUGGUCUCGAACUCGCAACUGUCCUCCACCUUCUGCCUUGAAGGAGAUAUCUUAAUUUGGAGAUUUCCUAAAGCUCCUGUUUCCUGGGAACUUUGCAAGAUUGGGGGCUCAGUGAGGUCCCCUAAAAUGGGCUUUGGCUUCUCCCCCUUUAGCGUCGACCUGCUCUCAGUUUGGGGUGAGCGGACCCUCCCUGGUGGUGUUUGAGGACCACACUCUGGCUGUGAUGGGCCUGCGUUUUGCCCUCCUGUUGGUGGGCCUGGCCUGCUGCCUGCCGUCUGCAGGGUGUUGCAUCAUAUGCGACCCGUCCGUGGUGGCAGCGCUAAAGUCCUUGGAGACAGAUUACCUGCCUGACCACCUGAGUGCUGAGCAUCACGCAGACGUGAUGCAGAGGGUGGAGCAUGCCGUGAACAAUUUUAAGAACCUGCAGUUCAGCGAGGAGGCCUACGUGGGGGCUGUUGAUGAGGAUACGCUGCAACAGGCAUCCUGGAGUUUUCUGAAGGAUCUGAAACGCAUUACAGAUAGUGAUGUAAAAGGGGAGCUCUUCGUGAAGGAGCUGUUUUGGAUGCUGCACCUACAAAAAGAGAACUUUGCCACCCUUGCUGAGCGGUUCCAAGAUGAGGUUUAUUGUCCUAACAAAUGUGGCACGAUGUUGCAGACUCUGAUCUGGUGCAAUAAGUGCGAGAAGGAGGUCCACACCUGCCUGAAGUCCUACGAUUGCGGGACUCGCCAUGUGGAGCUCCAUCAGAUGGAGGACAUGAUCCUGGACUGUUACCUCAACUGGCACCAGGCCUCUCAAGGACUCACCGACUACAGCUUCUACAGGGGGAAGGAGCCCCUCCUGACCAAGCCCAUGGUGGAGCCAGAGGAUGCAGGCGACUACCGCUGUGAGUUGGGGACCGUGAGUUCCGGCCCAGCCACGAUCAUCUAUUUCCACGUCACAGUGUUGCCUGAAAGGCUGGAGGAGGAGCAACAGUUACCAGGCGUAACCCCUGAGUCCUCCUCUGAGACCCUCCAGCCUCCGAAGCCCGAGAAUAUCCUGCGAAGACGCCUCUUAGUGCUGCUGAUCUGCGGCUCUAUCGGUUUUAUACUUCUGAUAGCCGUCGUGGCUACAGUGCUAUUUCGCGGGGCGAAGACGACGGCUAAACCAAAGUCUUCACCGGUCAACGUUGACAACGAAGCUGCUGCGCAACCAAAGGAAAAGGCCUCGGAUCUGGAGAACCAAUAAAGAUUUGUCUUUUUGUCUAA